GAUUUUGAGUUGCAGUCGCAGCAACCGGCAAGGGAGAGGAAGAAAGCUGAAAGCUGAGAGCGGGUGCCAUCCAUGGCGGCGGCUGAGGAUUUGGAGAAAGGAGAGUUUUACUUGAGAUAUUAUGUGGGACACAAAGGGAAGUUCGGACACGAAUUCUUGGAGUUCGAGUUUCGACCCGACGGAAAGCUUCGCUACGCUAACAACUCCAACUACAAGAACGACACAAUGAUUCGCAAGGAAAUCUACCUCACCCCUGCUGUUCUUCGGGAAUGCCGUCGCAUUAUCUCCGACAGCGAGAUUAUGAAGGAAGACGAUAAUAAUUGGCCAGAACCUGAUCGUGUGGGUCGACAGGAGCUUGAGAUUGUGAUGGGAAAUGAGCAUAUAUCCUUCACCACAUCUAAGAUUGGAUCUCUUGUUGAUGUGCAGAGCAGCAAGGAUCCUGAAGGAUUGCGGAUAUUCUAUUAUCUUGUUCAGGAUCUGAAAUGCUUUGUAUUUUCUCUCAUUUCACUCCACUUCAAGAUCAAGCCAAUUUAAAGACUGGCCAAAGUUGCUUCUGUACUAUCUGAGGAACAUGUACUACUCCAAACAGUGGGUUCUAUUUUCGGCUUCGAUUUUUGAGAAUUCUCUGCCAUAUUACGGUAGCCUGAUGGUGUUAAAAUGGUUGUUUGAUUUAUGAAAUCUGUAUUGUUAUAAGAGUUCAUCUGGACUUGGUGUGUACAUGGUGAAGUGCGUCGGGAUUGAUCUUUAUGUUACAAUAGGGUAUGUGCUUGGUUCUGCGUGUUUUCUUUUCUACGAGAUUUGAGUGCAUACCUUCAUUUCUUCA